AUGUCUGAGAAGUUUGUUCAUGCUGUUUUGAAUCAUGCAUAUGGUUGUAGCACUAGUUCAAGGUCUUUGUCUCGUUCUAAUUCUGGUUGUAGCACUAGUUCUGGUGCUAGUACUUCAAACUCUUGUAUAAGUGAAAGUCCUAAGCUUGUAAGGGUGGUCGAUCAUGAUGCGGACAAGGCCAAGCCUCUCAUUAUCGAUGAAUGGCAUUAUAUUUUUGACAAUAUUGGUAGAGAAUUUAUGGGUGGUGUUAAAGAUGUAAGGAUUGCUGUUGAUCAGUACAAGAUGUGUACUGGUUACAAGAUUGUUAUUCUUAAAAACGACAAGACUCGUUUUACUGCGAAGUGCGAAAAUGAUGGUUGCGGUUUUGGUUUGAGGUUGAAGAGUCCUGCUGUGACAACCAAAUUACUUAAGCAUUUGAUUGCUGACAAUAUACAGGGUGAUCCCACUUUAAAACUCAAACAAAUCAUGUCACUCUUUAAGAAGACUUAUGGGUCCAAUAUUAAGUAUCGCCAUGCCCAUAGAGGGAAAGAAGAUGUAUUUGAAGAUCAGUAUGGUGACGACAAGAAGUCGUAUAACGAUUUAAAUUGGUAUGUGAAAGCCAUUGAGAAAACUAAUCCUGAUAGCUUUGUGAAACUUGAAGUUGAUCAAGAAACUGGAAGAUUUCAGCGGAUUUUCGUUUGUUUCGGUUCUUGCAAGCAUAUCUAUAGGUAUCUCAGGCCCAUGAUUUACUUGGACGCUACUUUCCUCACUGGUAGAUUCAGGAGUACUUUGAUGGUUGCAACAUGUAUCAAUGGAAAUGAUGGUUUUUACCCGUAUGCCUUUGCUAUUGUUUUAUAUGAAAACAAAGAAAAUUGGUUUUUGUUUCUGGAUAAUCUUAAACAAGUGGUCGAUGGUCGUCCGAUUGUUUUCCUUAGUGAUCGUCACGAAGGACUUUUGCAGGGCAUUCCAAGAGUAUUUCCUGGUUCAUAUCACAGCUAUUGCUUUUACCAUAUCAAGUGCAAUCUCCCUGUUGGAAAAGGUGAUGCGAAUUAUAAUGCCGUUAUUGAUUUGUUUUACAAAGCGGCUUACUCUUACACAUCAACGAACUUUGAAGAAGCUUUGCGUGGCAUGCAUGCUAUUGGUUGUGGACAUGUUGCUAAUUAUCUCAAGGCCAUUCCAAAGGAGAAAUGGGAAAAUUCAUUUUUCCCUGUAUGCAGAUAUGCUGCGCACUCUUCAACUCUUUCCGAGUCAUUCAAUAACUGGAUUCUUGAGUUAAAAAAGUUGUCUUCUUUUGCUCUUCUUGUUGCGAUACGUUUGAAGGUUAUGCAGAUGAAUUCUAAGAGAAGGGUAGAAGGUCAAGAAAAUUUUAACACUAGGCUCAUUCCCGUAUACGAGGAUAUACUAAACGAGAACAUCAAAAUUGGUCGUACUUGGACUGUUGUUGAGUCUAUGGAAAGAUUGUAUGAAGUCAGGUCUCCCCGCACUCAUUCUGUAGAUCUGUUGGAGAGAAAUCUGAUCAUCUUUCCAAUCCCCAAUUAUGACAAGCCGCAGUCUUAUGAUCCUAGUGAUAGGAUUAUUGUUCCUAUUCUUGUGCCUCCACCUGGUAGACAAAGAGAACAGUGUUUCAAGAAGGCUUGGGAGAAGCAAAAGAGGCCUAUGAUGUGCAAAAAGUGCUUCACUCUUGAUCACCACAACAGAGCUACCUUCCCCAUGCCUUGA